UUCUUAAUGCAGAGAUAGAUGGGUAGAGAUAAUAAGCGGACUCACUGGCCGACAGCACAGAGGACGGAGCCAUGAGCGACCCGACCACGGAGGUGCCUGUAGUGGGGUUUUUAAAUAAUUUACAUAUCCGUUACAAGGACGAGGAAGGAACCGUGCUGUAUGAGUCCUACAUCCCUCCCUCCCGGGACGCCAUCCACCUGCCCACCUACAUCCUCUACCUGCUCAUAGCCGUCUCCGUCCUCUUCGGGGUUCUCUAUGCCAUCAUCGGCCACCUCAUCAAAGACCUCCUCCAUGAUAUUGCAGACUGGCUGCUGGGGGAGCAGCCCGAGGAGGUGGUGGUGAACUACUGCGAGGCCAAGGACAAGUUCAUGGUGGACUGGUCCCCAGAAACCUCCCCUGAGCUGGAGGCCAUGGCCCUGGCGGAGGAGAACAAGAUAUGCCUACUUGACAGGGACUUUAUGAAAGCUCCUGCUAUCUGGAUCAUCUCCACGGAGCCUCGGCGGGGUUCCAAGUCGGGACCCCGCGUGGUUUUUGGGAAGACGACUUAGUUUUGCGGUGAUAAAUAAAUGCUGAAGAUGAAAUCAGAUCAGACACACUGGUGCAGAUCUUUUAUAGGCGAUGUAAUAUCAUAACUGAGAUGAUGAUUGUGGUUAAUCAUUAUUGUUUGAAAAUUUACGUUGAAAUAAUUCUUUGAUGAGCUUUCUUCGUCGAGGUUGAAUUAUUGUGGUUCUUUGAUGACAUCUAGCGUUUUUUCUCGGUCAUUACAACUGACUGAAACUGUUAAUUACACAAACGCCAUAAAAUAGAUGUAAUCCGGGCAUGCCUUACAUAAAAUGUUAUUUCGUGAAAAAAAAAGAUAGCUUCAGAAUUGUACUUUUUCUUUUAAAUUAACAUAGCCUAAUAUGUGUAUUGCACCAAUCACCACAACAAAUUCCUUGUGUGUGUUUAACAAACUUGGCAAUAAACCUUUUUCUGAUUCUGA